AUGAGGCCCGUCUCACACGGUUUUGCUCGCUUAACGACGAAAUAUAAUUCUACUGCGCUUCAUUUCUUUCUCUUCUUCCUCUUGUUCUACGCUUUCCUUGCCCUAUUUGUGCGAGCCCAGUCAGCCCGCGACCCGGACUCGGUUUUCUUCCAGCCAACUGCCUACGAUCUGUCCUAUUCCGCCCUGAGACUCGAACAAGCUGAUGUCUUCAUCGACAAAGUGGAGCAGCAGAGCUCAGAGAUAGAGAUACCGAAAGCCUCGAGUCAGCCACAUCUGUGUGUCGGCUUCGCCACCAUCGCCCGCUCAGGGCGUCGCUAUUUCAGGAGCGCCGUCGGCACAGUCCUCGAGGGCUUAAGUGAAACGGAGCGCGCGGACAUAUACCUGAUUACACUUAUUGCACACACCGACCCACCGCAACACCCAGCAUAUAAUGAGACAUGGCUACACAAGGUGGUGGAUCGAGUACUACUCUAUAAUUCCACAGGCGUGGAUAUAGACGUUGACAUCGACUAUCUCCGCAGCCUAGAGGCUACAGAGAAGAAGAUGGAUGCAAAAUUGAAAGCCCUCUUUGACUAUAUAUUCUUACUAAAGGCGUGUGAGGCAGUCGGUGCUCCUCAUAUUGUCAUAUUAGAAGACGAAAUCGUCGCACAGGACGGAUGGUACCACCGAACUCGAGCUGCUAUAGAGUCGGCAGAGGAACAGACUCAGGAGAUUAAGGCAUCAAAGUGGUUGUACCUUUGUCUCUUCUAUACUAUCCUUGGCUGGAACUCUAGAGACUGGCCUAUCUUCCUCUUCUACUCCGUCAUCGCCAUCGCCUUUGUCGCUUCUUCGUUUCUCGGCUAUCGGCAAUAUCAACCAAGUUCGCGCACUAUUAUCUCGAAUGAAAUAAUACUUAUUGCAUGUGGAGUCUGUACACCUCUUUUAAUCGGGCUCUACUUUGCCGCAGGACGGGCGACAAUGUGCCCUAUCCCACAGGGCGUGCACCAGAUGCCACACUACGCCUCCUGCUCUCAAGCUUUCGCCUUUCCACGGACACGAGUCUCCGAUAUUGUAGGUUGGUAUAGUGAAAAGGGUAUUAGAGAAGCGAAUAAUCUUCUGGAGGAGUUUGCGGACAAUAAGGAGAUCCGUUGGGCUGUGACACCAAGCAUUGUACAACAUGUCGGACGGAAUAACUCUAAAACGAACAAAAAAGGUUCAGUGGCAAGGCUGUGGAAUUUUGAAUUUGAGAUGAAUGAUCCAGAUGUCCUGCGCGAAGAGCAUGAUCGCGCCAACAAUCAAGGAUAUUCCCAUUUCCUGGGCACUUAG